AUGUCUUUAAGAUAUGUAAGAGAAUACAUUAAUUUACCUUUUGUUACUGAGUAUGGAAUACCCCUAUCCCUCCAUCCAACUACAGCUAUACCACCCUCAGGAUUUCUGAGUUGUGUAUUACUGAAUUAUGCUUUAAUGGACUUCGAUAAGGCUUUUCUCGAAUUCUUAAGGAAUCUGCUUGGUUCUAAGGUGAGGCUCGAGAGACCUGGAUUCGGACAGAUUGAUAGAGGAAAUGCCAAAGCAAUGAACUUGGAUUUCGUACUUGGGAUCCGUCUAGAUUCGCUCUCAAGACAGCUCUUCCCGGAAAUAAGGAAUGCGAUGAUUCUUUGCCCUCGUAGAAUAAAGGGUAAUCGGAAAAGAAUAUGGAAUGGUCUCUCACUGCUUUCUGCCACUUCCGAAGGCAUUGUUCCUAGGGCUGAAGUGAAGGCUCAGUCUUGCUCGACGGGAGUUCCGAUUCCACCCAUUCUGAUUCCGGGCUUGAGGCCCAUCUUUUGGAAUCUACUGAUAGGAGAAGAGUCUGACCCAGAAAGCCAUCUUGUAGAGAAAGUCGAUUUGGGCAACCAGGGACCAGACCACUAG